UCCAUUUUUUCAAUUCUCUUUUACAGAAUUAAGUUUUACUUUUUAGUCACCAACAAACCAAAACACAUUCAUAGAUAGAGAAAUUCUGGAUCAUAAUAUAUAAUAAAAACAGGAAAGAGUUACUAGAAAAUACAAAACAUAAACAAAUAAAAUAGAUUAAUUAAAAAAUAAGUGAUAUUCUUGUGUAAAGAUUCUUAAGCUGUUGUCAAACACAAACUCAAUGAAACCUUAAGUAAAUUCUUAGUAAAUUUUAAAAAGAGACAUCCAUAAAGGGGCGGAGUUUACCUCAGCGUUGCGUCAGCCCUUUUGUCUCUGCCAGGGCGUAAGAACUGACGGAACUUGUUUGAUUGUUUUGAAAGUUGUCCUCAAAUCAACUGACAUUUGGAUUAUUAUUCAACUUUUACCAUUUUGUAGCCUUUUUUAAAACUCAGUAAAACUAAAUUCAGAUGUUUUCUAAUGUUUAACCUUAUUUUCCACUGACUUUAUAAAUGAAUUCAUGACAGGGAUCAACAAAAGGGUGAAAGGAUGAUUCUGUGAGCUCACGCUCAGCACUGGAUCAUGUUUUCACGUGCUGUAAUGUUCUUCUGGAAUCAGAGGAUCUGUCCUGACACCUGUUCCCAAACUGGAUCAGUCCUUUUUUAAACGCAGGUUGUAUCGUUGCAACACAGAACAGAGCGUGUAUCUGCAGGUUUAAUGACUCAUGGAGGUACGAACAAUUCUCCUGCAGCCAUCUUUGCUUCUGCACACAAACAUGGACGUGUCCUCCAGCUGAGGAGGAACUUUUCCCAGGAAUGUCAAGGAAGGUCGUGCAGCCUUGGAUUUUCUGUAAAAAAAAAAGACUUAAAAAAGCUGGUUGAAUGAGUGGCCAAACGUGCACACACAGGCAGACUCCUCAUUAAAUCAGUCAGGACUUGAUGGAUGAGUCAAAGACAGAGACGAUCCGCGAUCACGAUGACGUACCGAGAACAUGCAGCUGUGCUGCUGCAGAGAGGAGGAGAACUUUUACAGGGCAGGAAGGAGAGGAGGGAGGGAGGGAAAAAAAGAAAAGAAGAGAAGCCAACUCAUCUGACACAAACUGUGGGCCAAAGAAAGGGGAAGAGAAGGAGCAGCACUGUCCUGAAUGAGCAGAGGAGGACUGCCGAGGAACUUUAACAAAACUCAAGAGAAGAAGAACUCAGGAGGGACCAGAACCUUCCAGAAGGGAACAACAUGUCGUCCUCUGAAAACAGCUCUGAGGAUGUCUACAGCCGCAGCUUCUGGAUGCCUGGGAACUAUCAGCGCACGGUGAAGCGCACAGAAGAUGCUUUCCAUGCCUGCAACGACAUGGUGGCGUGCUUCCAAGAGCGCGCCCGGCUGGAGAGGCAGUACGCUCAGCAGCUCAGCGAGUGGAGCAACAAGUGGAAACCAGUGGUGGAUGCCAGCCCGCUCUACGGCUCUCUUCUGAAGGCCUGGCAGUGUUUCAUGUCCUCCGCUGACCGGCUGGCCUCCUUACACGCCUCCAUCUGUCGCUCCUUGGUGUUGGAAGACGGAGACCAGGUCAGGACCUGGCAGAAGGACACCUUCCACAAAAAACUAUUUGGAGGAUUCAAGGAGGCGCAGGACAUCGAGAGUGGGUUUGCACGCGCUCAGAAGCCAUGGGCCAAGCGCCUUAAAAAGCUGGACAAGGCAAGGAGAGCGUACCACAAGGUGAGCCGAACAGAGCAUGCAGCCAGGGAGCGAGAAGCUCACGCUCAGGGAAACCCGGACGUCGCCCUGGACAAGCAGAAGAAGAUCAAGGAGGAGAGGGAGCAGGUUCAGCAUGAGGCGCAGAAGGUUCGGACCCAAUAUGAGAAGAUUCUGGAUGAGGUGAACCGCUAUGUCCCCCGCUACAUGGAGGAGAUGGAGACCAUCUUUGACCAGUCCCAGGAUGAAGAGCGUAAGAGGAUCGUGUUUCUCAAGCAGGCCUUCCUGUCCAUCCACAAACACCUGGACAUCACAACCAACGAGAGUGUGAGAGCUGUGUACAGCGACCUGCACAACACGCUGAUGUCCAUCGACGAGCACGAGGACCUUCGGUGGUGGAAGAACACCUACGGGCCCGGCAUGCCCACUGACUGGCCUCACUUCCAGGAAUGGACACCUGAAAUGAAAACCAAAAAAGGGAAGAAAAAAGAAGUGGAAAAGCAAGCAACAAUAGAAAGGAGUGUGAUGAUUGGAGGAGUGAAAGUAAGAGCUCUGUAUGACUAUGUGGGCCAAGAGACGGACGAGCUCUCCUUUCAAACAGGUGAGGAGUUUUUGAAGAUUGAAGAUGAGGACGACCAGGGAUGGUGUCGAGGGAUGAAGGACAGUGGGUGGGAGGGGCUUUAUCCAGCCAAUUACGUGGAAGAGGUAUAGUGGGAAUGCCGACUGAACGUUAGGAAUUUUCAAAGCACCUGACUCUGUAGAGAGUUUCUGUAGAGAUCGACACCAAAGCGUUCAGGCCUGUAACCCUUUUGAAGGACAAAUGUUUCAGUAUACUCAGCACUUGUGUCAAAGCCAUAUGUUAACGACGCUUAAGAUAAGGAAACCAUGCUGGAAUGUAACUACAGAAUCACAGUUUUCUUUUAGCUUUAUUUUUUGUACACAAAGUCGCAAACAGAGUCAAAUAAGAAAACCUUAAAUAAAAAAAAUGUUUCUGUUGUUCAAAGAAAUCUGCUUUACAUAACUGAUACUUUCAGGUAAAAAGUUAAUUUUCAUUUUAUUUAAUAUUUUUUUCACCAUCAUUUGAAUGAAAUAACUUAACUUGAGCUUUUUCAUUUUAACAGGUCACUUAAUGUGACAUUUUUUAUUAUUAUCCUCUGAUUCAGUGGAUCACAAUGAUCUUAAUGCUUGGAUUAGGAUCAUCUGGAUCAGGUCCAAACAUGUUGCUGAUGUGUUACAGUCAGAUGAGACUGAUAGUUGAUUUGAAGUCUUAUCUUUCCAGACAAGAUAAGAGUUGGAAUGAAAGAUGCUGUAAAUACCACACCACCAAAGUGAGAAACGUUCCAGGAAAACCUUUUUAUAGACUUCUUUAAUACUCUGUAUGUGCCAAAUCUGUUCCUGUUAUGUAAACCGAAUGAGUUUCCAAACAUGUUUUGGGAAUAAAUUUGAAGCUCAAAAAUCAA